AUGUUUGGUGUCGAAUUGGAAACUGUGAAUCUUUUUAAAAAUUCUAUUUAUAUUUUUAAAAAGGUAUUUUGCUCUAAAAUUACAACUUCAUUAAAUUUAUUGCAUCGAGAAGAUAUAAACACAAUGAAAGAUAAAUAUUAUUCAAACUCUAAAAUGAGUUCUUAUGUAUUCAAAAGUAAAUUAUUUUCACUUGGUGAAGGUUGUUUUUCGUGUUGUGAGGCUCUUACUAAUAUUGUACUUCCAUAUACACUGACAAGUAUUGGAAAAAUGUCAUUUUGGUGUUGUACUUCUUUGCAAAGAAUCCACAUUCCAGAAUUUGUAAAAGUUCUCCCAGAAAGAUGCUUUAAGUGUUGUGGCAAACUUUCAGAUGUUAAUAUUCAUAGUGGAAUAUGCCGAAUAGAAGAAGCAUGUUUUGAAAAAUGUUAUUCACUCACAAGUCUUAAUUUAAAAGAUACAACUUUUAUUGGUAAAAAGGCGUUUAAAAAAUGCACUUCUCUGUGUUCUGUGACUUUACCAGAUGAUAUCAAACAAGUGAAUGAUGAACUUUUUCCAAAAAUGUAG